UUUUUGUUUUUUUUUUGGUUUAAACAAAUGAAGCGCAAAAUAUUAAAUGGCAACUAAUUUGGCAGUCGAGCUUUAAAGUAAAAGCCAUAGGAAAUGUCUGUAGAUCGCUCACCAAAUUUGCAGCCGCCUUAUACCCUGUAAUUCAAAUUGGCUAUAAAGGGCGUUUGAAUUACAGAUUUCGAGAUGUGAUUCUAAGUUUUAUAUUUAUAUAUAUUAAAAACUUCAGCUCAGUUCAUAUUCUCACUCUAAUUUACUAUCUUAUAGUUCACUCUCAUUCUUCUGACUUACUUUUUUCUUCAGUAAUUUAUAUAUACAUAUAUACUCAAGUCGGUUUCACUUCUACUCAUAGAUGACAAAAUAAUACUCUUGUAACUCAGACAUGGGCAAGCGAUAUCUCCUGAUUGUAUAUCCUAUCAUAAUAUCGAACAUUUUUAAAUUUAAAAUCUUACAGUGUAGCAUUAGGAUGAUCUUAUGAAAUUGAGAUGCUGCUGUGAGUUCACAUAACCUAUAACUUAGCUCACACCAUAGUCCAAUAACUAGAACUUCGUAAGGGAUAUCUGGCCGUCUGACUAUAUAGCUCUUACUAUUUUGUAUUUUGGGCAAUCUUCAGAUUAUGGCAGCAACAACAUGAUGAUGAUUGUCGUGCCAGGCAACCACGUGAUGUUUGCAGCUUGCUGACUGCUGUUGUCGUCGUCGUCUUAGUCUUCGGCAGCAGCAGAGGCGACAGCAGAGGCAACAGCAGAGGGCACCUGGUGUUGGGCGCCCGCCACAGAUCAGCGCGCUUUGUGCAUUUGCAUUCAUUAUGUUUGGCACCGUCGUCGCGAUCACAACGCAGCAGUUGCUCCUCUCGCAGCUGGAAGAUCGAUUGUCAAUCCGUUGGAUUCUUAAGCUGAUUUUUAGCUCGUCAUUCGAUUUCGGCAAGUGUUUGUGUGUGUGUAUGAGUGUGUGUGUGUGUGUGUUGCAAUUUUUGGCACAUUGAAAAAUAUGUUUGAAAUGUGGAUUUGUGUACCGAACUGCUAACACUUGUUUGCUGAGAACUAGAGUUGUGCCAGGUCGAUUGACUUGACCUUUAGCUGAAAUUCUUUAUAAAUAUUGUUUGUGAAAAAACUAAUAAUAAACAACUUAAAAUGUCGUCAGCACAUGUCUUGCAUAUAAUUGUGCUGCUCAGUCUGAGCGCUGCUGUCUUUAGCGAAGAGUCGACAUAUGCGGAACGCAACCACAAGAAACGUCAAAUCUAUCGUGAGCAAGUGCUGCCACAUGCGGGCGGCAAGAUACCCGACACCGCCUUUGAGACGGAUCGUCUGUUUUUGAACCGUCUGCAAAAGGAGGGCAUCUCAGUGCCGGACGGCAUUGUGCCCGAACAGCGGAAUCCGCAGGUCUAUCAAUACUAUAACAAGCCCAUGCGCACCGUUUAUCAUAUUGCGCUCAGCUCUGAUGGACGUUAUACGCCGCGAGAAGGUCGCUACCACUACCGCCAGGUGCCCACCGUGGAGACCACCUAUCUGUAUCCCCAGGCCGUGGGUCGUCCGUAUGUGUUGGUGCCGCCCAAGCAUGCAUUGCCCACCUACCGUCAACUGCAGCUGCAUAAUCCGUUGCUUAAUCAAGUGAAAUUCCAGCCCAAGAAAGUGCCCAAUUUUCUGGAACUGGCCCCCACCGUGGGCAAGAGUCAUGCAUCCAGCUCAUCCAAGGCGCAGUCUUAUCAAAAUGUGAAUCUUCUGCAUGGCCAGGCGCUGCCCGCCUUCAAGAAAAACGCCGGUGGAAGCAAGACCUAUGUGGAUAGCUAUGGCAAAACUCACCUCUUUAGUGAAUUCGAUGAUUUGCUUAACAAACUCGAUUUGAAUCCAGCAGGACAAAAGUUGUAUUAGUUUUUCUUUUAGUUAGAAGACCAUAUUUUUUAGAUCUUAAGUUUAGUGGAAUACAAUUCAGACAGAACAAGAGAAGUCUCACUAUUGAAAGAGUGACAAAUGCCUGCAUAUCCAACAAUUACGAGCCAUACACCAGUUCGAUUUUUAAAACAAAGUUGAAAACAAUUUCCCUCUUUAUAAUUACAGCCAAUCAUACCAUAUUUAAUAACUAUUUCUUGUAUACAAUUAGUAAUUUAAGUAACGCUGCAAAUCAGCCGAAAUUUGUUAAGCGUAAAGAAAUAUCUUGCUUGCAAAAUAAACAGCAAUAUGUAAUGCAAUGUAUGCUUUCCUGCAAGAGCUGCAUCUAAAUGCAUU